AUGCUCACCGAACGAGAGCUGCAGAUCAGCCCGACGGUGCAGGAGUCAGUUCUACACAAUACCAAGGUUCUCACGACCCUUCACAACCUCACGGCAUCCCUCUUCGGUGUUGGUGCCGGCAUUUUGGGUCUCGAGUCGUACCCAGGCUUCCUCUUCUACUUCCUCUUCUCCCUGCUCACAUCGGUACUCGUAUAUGCAUUCCGCGUUCGCCCGGGGAUUAUUAAGGAGGCCCAGUCUAGCGGCUCGUCGGGAAUGCAGAGAUAUUUUAGGGGAAGCAUGGAGCUAUGGACCGGUGGAUUGAUUGAGGGGCUGAGCGGCUUUGUCCUGACUUGGACAUUGUUUUACGGGCUGGUACGAGCUUAGAUGUUGUGUAGAAUGGAGUGACACGCGAUCUCCGAAGCGGAAUGCCUCUACGGGCAAUACAAAGAUAUGAUACCAUAAGUGGCAUUGGGAAUGGUGUUCUUGGUUGUCGGCGUUGGGGGCAUUAUGACAGCAUAUAGCAGAAGCCAAGCCUCAAGUCAUCUCUCUUCGUUUCCCUGAACACCAAGCUUAGGUACUAAUCCCUUGAGUACUGCCUUUGAUGCUGUGAUCAUGAAGUUUUCAGACAAUUUUUGAUCGGCACGUGAAGUCAAGUCGUCGGAUACAUAGGUACACAAGUAAUU